GAAGAGCGCGUGACGUCGCCGCCGCAUCGCACGCGUCUCCGCGUCCGUCUCCAUCUCCAUCUCUUCCCCUCGAGAGCAGCAGCAGCGCGCAAGUCCACCACCAACACCACCAGGGAGGACAAAGACAAGAGAAGCCCCCAAAUCUCAACCCCACCACCAGGCCAGAUCCAUCCAUCCCAAAUCAAACCCUAAUUCCGCCAUGGCCGCAGACUUCGACGACACCACCGAGGACUUCUUCGACAACCUAGUCAAUUCCGACGACGACGCCGACGACGAUCGCCCUAGCCUACCAUCCGCGGCCGAGGCGGAGGCCUCCGCGGGGGACCUCGCCGCCCUCACCCUUACCGACCAAUCCGACGCCAAGCCCGAUAAUCACCCCGCGCCGGCGCCACUCACGGAGCAUCACCCCGCGCCGCCGAAUCCUCAACUCGCUCUAAAGGAGGAGGCGCUGCUGGAGCCGGAGCCUGCCGUCGCACCACCCCCUGAGGCCGCGGCUGACCAGCCCGCCGUGCCACCACCUGGGGCUGCGGCCGACGUGCCUGCCGCGGCGCCAGAGGCCGUGUCCACGGGGUCGGACAAGGGCGUCCACGCCGCCGCCCCCUCCCUCAAGCAGGCGCACUGGAACGAUUUUGGUGGUGCCAGCACUGGCGCCCCCGGGGCAGAUCCGUUCGGGGACCUCCCGCCAGGUGAAGCGGAGGACACCUUCUUCGGGGGUACUGCUGCCGAGGAUCAGGGCGGCCAGGCAUCGCUUCUACCUGCCAGCAAUGCCAGCGCACCACUAGAUCACAGCUUCUCCGCCGGAGCGGGUAACAAUGCGACCGACGCUGCUGGGCUGCCGGAUUACAGCUUCUAUGGGGUAAAGGAUACCAACAGUGCCAAUUCCCAGUUCGACUCGGCCACUGGUGCUGCGGGUUAUGCCACAGAUCACAGCACCAACGCGCAAUUGGAAUCUGCUGACCCCAGAUAUCUGGAGAGCCUCUACCCUGGGUGGAAGUACGACGACACUACGCAGCAGUGGUAUCAGGUAGAUACUCUCACCGAUCAGCAUGUUACCACUGAAGUUACCAGUGCUGUGGCAAGCGAUGGUAUUCAGCAGCAGCAGCAGCUUAGUGCUUUGUACCUGCAAAACGAUUCACAUGCAGCGGCUGGGCUUGAACCCACAGAGGUGACUCCUCAACCCAAGCCUGUGACUCAGGCUGAUGAUCAGCCUAUGCCAGCGCCACAUAAGGAGGAGGAGGAGGAGGAGCAUGAGCCCACGCUGGCGCAUCCACAAGUUGAGUCUCUGGUGGAACAUCCUGAUGCUGCUACAGAGGCGGUGGUGGAGGCAGGGUCUGCUGUCCUGCGUCAGGAGACCAAGUCUGAAGUUCAGGAAACGCACGCUAGCGCUGAUGAGGCUGCCAUGGCACCAGACAGUGGGUCCCCAGGGUCACAUAAAGGCAUCCACACUGCCAUCAAGCAGGUGCAGUGGAACGACUUUGGUUCCAGCACCAGUGCCGGUGGAGCAGAUCCGUUUGGGGACCUCUUGCCAGAAGGAGCAGAGGACGACUUAUUUGGGGCUACUGUGCCCGGCGACCAGGGCAUGCAGGCAUCUGUGGUAGGUACCAACAACGUUAGCACAACAGAUCACAGCUUCUCUGCAGGAGUGGAUAACAAGGCUGCCAUCGGUGCUGGACUGACAGAUUACAGCUUCUAUGGUGGAAUGGAUAACGAUGCAAUUUCCCAUUUCGAUUCCACUGCAAGCGCUGCAGGAUACGGGGAUCAGAGCACCAAUGCACAAUUGGACUCCACUGAUCCCAAAUACCUGGAGACCCUCUACCCUGGGUGGAAGUACGAUGCGGCUACGCAGCAAUGGUAUCAGGUAGAUACCCCCAGUGCACAGAGUUAUGUUGCUGAUAAUACUGGUGCUGUUGCAGUCCUGGGCAGUGGAGUUCAGCAGCAGCAGCAGUUUAAUGCUUCGUACCUGCAAAACAGUUUGCACUCAGCGCUUGAGACCAUUGCGGAGGAGAGCAGUGCCAAUGCCGCGACCUGGGGUGCAGCUCCCGUAGAAUACCCACCGAACAUGCUGUUCUAUGCAGAAUACCCAGGGUGGUACUUUGACACCAACACUCAGCAGUGGCAAUCACUCGAGUCAUACCAACAAAGUGUUGCGCAAGCUGCAACUACUCCAGCAGCCUCGGAUGGGUUCGCAGGGGCAGGCCAUAGUCUAGCUCCCUGCACCCAGGAUUCUUAUGCAAGUAGCUACGGCCAGCAGAGCCAGUGGCAACCGGAUUCAUUGGGCAACACCAUGCAGCCUGAUGUUUCGGGAGGUAAUAGCUUGCUGGGUAGUUCCUAUAGUUCCAAUCAACAGGCUGAGAAUCAGAUUGGGCAGCAGGCCAAUGCUGAGUCAUUGCAAUCUUCUGUAAAUUAUAAGCCUCAUAUAGACACAUUUGUACCUUCUACAGGCCAAUACACUGGCAGUGAAGGCAAUCAGGCUAGUUAUGAGGGGUUCAAACCUUUUACAGGGAACCAGAGUUGGUACAAGGGUUCUGAGCAUUCUACAAGUCAGGAGGUAGGGUACAGAGCGUUUGCAUCUUCAACGAAUUUCCAGACUGGCCACAAGGAAUUCCAACCUCCUAAAGAUCACCAGGCUGGCCACAUGGCAUAUGAACCUUCAACAAGAGUUGGGUAUGGUAAUUCAAAUGGUCCACAAGACUUCGUUCCAAAGGAGAGCAUGUACAAUACACAAACACAUGCUGGCUCCUCUGCACAUACAUAUGUGCCAAACAACUAUGGGGGCACUCAGACAGCAAUGGACUUUGCUCAGCAGCAACUGAUUGGUACAAAUGGUCCAUCCCAACAGUUUGGUUUCUCACCACAUGAGCAGAGAUCAUCAGCUGGACGCCCACCACAUGCCGUGGUCACCUUUGGGGCAAUUCUGGUCGGAUGGUGUCAGUUCAUAAUAUUUCAGAAAUUGUUGCUGAUAAGAUUGAUCAUUCAAGCGUGGCUAAUGGCAGUGCGCUUAGUUACUUCCAUGCUUUGUGUCGUCAACCUAUUCCUGGACCUCUUGUUGGUGGUAGUGCUGCAUCAAAGGAUGUGAAUAAAUGGCUUGAUGAUAUGAUUGCAGUAUAUGAAUCUUCUCUGACCGAAUUCCAGAGAGGGGAUGUUCAGAAGGUGCUUAUUUCGUUGUUGAAAAUACUGUGUCAACACUAUGGAAAACUCCGUUCACCCUUUGGGUCUGACCCAUCACAGGAGGGUAUAGAUGGCCCAGAUAUGGCGGUUACAAAACUUCUCUCAUCUUGUAAGAGCAGUGCUGAUAUGAAAGGGUAUGGAGUCCAUUGCAUGAGGAAUCUUCCUUCGGAAAGCCAGAUUCAGGCUACUGCUCAGGAGGUUCAAAAUCUCCUAGUUUCUGGUAGAAGGAAAGAGGCCCUUCAGUAUGCACAGGAAGGUCAACUUUGGGGACCCGCACUGAUCCUUGCUUUACAACUUGGUGAUAAGUUUUAUGCGGAUACAGUGAAGAAAAUGGCUCAUUGCCAUCUGGUGUCUGGAUCACCUUUGAGGACAUUGUGCCUUCUUAUUGCUGGACAACCUGCAGAUGUUUUCAAUUCUGAGAACCCCGUCAACAGUGGUGAUUUGUAUACACACCAUCAACCUGUAGAGGUUGCUCCUAGGGGUAUGCUGGAUGACUGGCAAGAGAAUUUGGCUAUUAUAACUGCAAACAGGACAAAAGGUGAUGACCUCGUAAUUACCCACCUUGGGGAUUGCCUUUGGAAGGAGAAAAAUGAGGUUGCAUCUGCCCAUUCGUGCUAUUUAGUUGCUGAACUAAAUAUUGAUUCGUACUCUGAAAGUGCAAGGAUGUGCCUCAUUGGUGCAGACCACUUGAGAAGUCCACGCACAUUUGCCAGCCCUGAAGCCAUCCAGAGAACGGAGGUGUAUGAGUAUGCAAAGGUUCUUGGUAAUUCUCAGUACAUACUCUUGCCAUUUCAACCAUACAAGCUGAUAUAUGCAUAUAUGCUUGCGGAGGUUGGGAAGGUUUCUGAUUCACUGAGGUAUUGUCAAGCAUCUCUGAAGGUUCUGAAGGCCUCUGGUCGCACACCUGAAUUAGAAGCAUGGAAACAAUUGUUUUCAACCCUAGAGGAAAGGAUACGUACUCAUCAACAGGGUGGAUAUGCAACAAAUCUUGCCCCUGGAAAGAUUGUUGGGAAGCUUUUCACAUCACUUGACAAAUCUUUGUCCCGCAUGAUGGGUACACAAUCUGCACCGAUGCCGCCGCUGACACAGGGCGCUGCAAAUGAAAGAGAUGUCUAUUCACCUCCUGAUACAAAAGUUGUAAAUAAUCAGUCAGUGAUGUCCAUGUCACCUCUAAUGUCUUCUGCUUCAGAGCAGUCUAUGAGCGAAAUGGCAGGAAAUAGCGGCCCUGGUAGGGAAGUUGCACAUAACAGAAGUAUUUCUGAGCCGGACUUUGGCAGAGCCCCACAAAAGCAGGCUGCUGGGUCAAGUAAGGCACAAAGCACAUCAGGUUCAGGAAGUUCACGCUUUGGAUGGUUGGUGCAGAAGACAGUGGGGCUUGUUUCAAAAUCUCAUCGUCAGGCAAAGUUAGGGGAACAGAACAAGUUCUACUAUGAUGAGAAGCUGAAGCGGUGGGUGGAAGAAGGCGCUGAGGUCCCUGCUGAGGAGCCUCCGCUUCCCCCACCUCCGAUGAAAUCCUCAUUCCAGAACAGUAUUCCAGAGCCAAACUUGAAUGGUCCCCCAGUUGGUGGAGGUUAUACCGCUAAUGGAUUCACAGAAGCUAAAGCUUCGAAUCCUUCGGAGCCAAGUUCUGGGAUGCCACCGAUGCCACCCACCCAGAACCAAUUCUCAGCACGUGGAAGGAUGGGUGUUAGAUCAAGGUAUGUUGACACUUUCAACAAGGGUGGUGGUGGUGCAAAUGCCUUUGGUGCAGCAGCAAUGUAUAGCAAACCAGCCGCUCCAUCUAUGAGCCCACUGUCGGGUGCAAAAUUCUUUGUGCCAACUCCUGCUGCUGUUGCUUCAGAACAGACGGCUGCUGAUGCAACAGGGGAUGCCCACAGUGAAACCGCUCAACAGGAUGGACCCUCAUCCUCACCAGCGGUGGAGGCAGCAUUCAGUUCACCGGCACCACCAGUACCGAUGCAGUCAACCAUUCAGCGGUACCCAAGUGGGGACAACAUUCAGCGGUACCCUAGUAUGGAUAACAUCGUGGCACCCUCAGACGGCGUCAACAGCUCAAUGUCAAGGUCAAGAGCGUCUUCAUGGAGUGGAGCAUACCCAGAGCAAUUGAGCAGCACUGCUGUUUCCAGAUCACCCGAUGGACAGAACAUGCGGUCACCAAUGAUGCCUGGAGUAAGACCUCCGCACAGCCGUUCCAGCAGCAACUCAUCGCUUCAGUUCAAUGGUUUAGGUGAGGAUCUUCACGAGGUUGAGCUCUGAUAUUUGACGGGCGGCGACAUCCUUCACCGUGAAAUCUCUGAGCUUUUACCCUUUUGGUCUUUCUGUAAUUUACGAUAGGGAAAGGAAAAAAAGAGUGGCGUCCCUUUUCGUUUUUUUUUACAGGAGAAGCAUGUGGAUGCCGCUGUACCUGUACAGAUGAUAGUUCACUCGUUCGCUAGAUGCAAAAUGUAUCAAGGAGAGACAUAGGUUAAGAUAGCAACCAAGAUGUAGAAAGGCUGGCAAUACCCAUUUUUUUUUCUAUAAAUACUUAAAUUAUAACCAUGAUUCAUUGUUAAGCUGGACGCUUGGAAAACUUCCAUGAAUAACUUCCAUGCGGCUAGUAAGCUCAAUAAUGUUGGUACAUUUGCUCUUCUAAAUCAUCAA